AUGAAUAUUAGUAUAAAGUUACCAGUAGAAGAAAGAAAGUUAGCUAUGAAGAAAGGUAAUGAGAGAUAUAAAUUAUAUUUAAAGAAUGUAACUAUGAAGAAAGGUAAUGAGAGAUAUAAAUUAUAUUUAAAGAAAGUUAACUAUGAAGAAAGAAAGUUAACUAUGAAGAAAGGUAAUGAGAGAUAUAAAUUAUAUUUAAAGAAAGUUAGCUAUGAAGAAAGAAAGUUAACUAUGAAGAAAGGUAGUGAGAUAUAUAAAUUAUAUUUAAAGAAUGUAAGCUAUGAAGAAAGAAAGUUAACUAUGAAGAAAGGUAGUGAGAGAUAUAAAUUAUAUUUAAAGAAAGUUGACUAUGAAGAAAGAAAGUUAACUAUGAAGAAAGGUAAUGAGAGAUAUAAAUUAUAUUUAAAGAAAGUUAACUAUGAAGAAAGAAAGUUAACUAUGAAGAAAGGUAAUGAGAGAUAUAAAUUAUAUUUAAAGAAAGUUAACUAUGAAGAAAGAAAGUUGACUAUGAAGAAAGGUAGUGAGAGAUAUAAAUUAUAUUUAAAGAAAGUAAACUAUGAAGAAAGAAAGUUAACUAUGAAGAAAGGUAGUGAGAGAUAUAAAUUAUAUUUAAAGAAAGUUAACUAUGAAGAAAGAAAGUUAACUAUGAAGAAAGGUAGUGAGAGAUAUAAAUUAUAUUUAAAGAAAGUUAGCUAUGAAGAAAGAAAGUUGACUAUGAAGAAAGGUAGUGAGAGAUAUAAAUUAUAUUUAAAGAAAGUUAACUAUGAAGAAAGUUUAAAAUUGAACAUUGAAUAA